UAAGGGAGAUCUAUAGCCUUCCUAUAAAUCAGAUGAGCUGAUUGGGGAGGAAACCCCGGCAGUGGAAAAGGAUCUGACUGAUGGGUUAGCAGAGCAGAUACAAACAGAGCUGAGAUCUGCAGCAAGGGAUAAAGUUUUAGACCAGCAAGGGACCUGAAGUUCCAGAAUGCUGUCCUUUGUGAAGUUACCCUAUUAGUGUGUGCAUGCCAAUAUAUACAGUUAUCCAACAGAGGAUGAUGAAGAGAGUCAGUCUGCAUCCUAGAAAAAUGGACCAGCAUUCAGAAGUACCUUUGAUCAACCCCAAGGCUCACUGAAAGCCUGUCAAGAGGAGCAAAAAUAAUAGAAUGGCUUUCCUUAAGCUAUCCCUCAUGGCUUUCAGCUUUGUGUUUUGGAUUGCUGGGUUGACCAUGCUGACAAUGGGCAUAUGGACAAAGCUCUCAUUAGAAGAAUACCUGGUGCUGUCUACUAAUGAUUACCCAAAUACCCCAGUAAUUCUGCUAGGGAGUGGGGCUGCUGUGCUACUCUGGGGUUUCCUCGGCUGUUUCAGUGCCGCAGCAGAGAGGCGUUACCUGCUUCGCACCUAUGGACUCUUCCAGUUGGCUGUGUUCCUAGCUGGGCUGGCUGCUGGGCUCUCCACACUCUUUUAUCGCAGGGACAUUGCAGAGGGAUUCCAUAUUGGCCUACAAAAUGCUGUUCAAUCAUAUGCAGAAGAUGAGGCGAAGGCAUAUGUUCUAGAUGAUGUCCAGAGGGCCUUGCGCUGCUGUGGCGUUCACAGUUACCAUGACUGGUUUGGGUCACCCUGGUCCCUGGAGCAGCUGGAACAACAUCAGUUUUUUGGAGAACACAGCAAUAAUUCAGUGCCCAGCAGCUGCUGCCAGGUGCGUAGAGGGUGUCAGAACAACCCUGUGCUUCCAGGUGCCCCAGGAAUCCACUGGGAUGGAUGCUUUAAGAAGGUGUUUGACUUUGUAAGUGACAACAUGUUCUACAUUGCUACUUCUGCUUUGGGCCUGGCAUUUAUUCAGGUGGUUGGUAUUGUCUUAACAUGUCUGUUGGCUACCAAGAUCCCUAACAGAGAACCAGAAACAGUUCCAACGUGAGCCGACACCAACCUGAAUGACGGCAGUUUAAUGCUAAACUCUAAAUCUUUUAAAAACUAUAUUUAAU